CCUCAGAAAAAGGAGGGCCGAGAGGCGCACGCCGACGACACCGUCUCGGCCGCCCGGUUCCUGCAUUCGCUGCUCGCCUCGGUUUGUCCUGCCCCUCCUCCGGGUUCGCCUUUUCCUCAGGGGUUUUCUCUUGAAUUGAUCGUGGCCUUGCUGUCGAAGGACAAGCUCAACGCUUUCGGUUUGAUGGAGCCGGUUUCGUCGCGGGGUGGGGGCGAGGUGGAUGGGGAGAGAUCGGUGAGAGCUUACGGUAUUUAUCCAAGACCUUCUUUCUUCAACCACGAUUGCAAUCCAAAUGCUUGUAGAUUUGACUAUGUGGACUCUGCUUCUGAUGGCAAUACUGAUAUAAUCGUGCGGAUGAUCCAUGAUGUCCCUCAAGGGAGGGAGAUCUGCCUGAGUUAUCUUCCUGUCAACUUGAAUUAUGCGAAUAGGCAGAAGAGGUUGAUGGAAGACUACCGGUUCGCCUGUGACUGCGAUCGGUGCAAGGUCGAGGCCAAUUGGUCCGAUGAUGAGAACGAGCACGAUGAUAUCGGUGAAGACGAUGAUGGUGACGGUGAAGGGAUGGAUGAGGAUGCCGAUGAACAAAUGAGCGGGUCGGAGGUGGGUAUUGCAGAGGAGAAAGAGACGGACUUCCCCCAUGCAUAUUUCUUCGUCAGGUAUAUGUGCAACAGGAAAAACUGCGGCGGGACAUUGGCUCCUCUGCCUCUGUGGUCGGAUGAUGCUCCUUCUGAUAUAAUGGAGUGUAAUGUAUGUGGUCAGCUCAGGAGGGAGGAUGAAGAGGUGGAAGCUGAUGGAGAAGAGGAUAUGGACGAGUGAGCUCCCCCUGUUU